GAGUAAGUUACUACACCCAGAGGAAGAAGGGGUGUUGCUGUGUCUCCCAGAGCUGCUCCUGAGAUGGUGGUGCUUGCAUCCCAGGGCUGGGCCUAAAGUCACCCUCUAACCCAAAGAGGUGCCGCUGAUCCCCCUGCAGCUCCUGUGCCUAACUCCCAGAAUCAGCUUCACAGAACCCUGCUCAGCUGCCUCCAAACUCGGUCUCCUCUCUCUUUCACCCAUCACGAGAUUCCCACGGUCCUGAACAACUGGUAAACACGAGUCGCUGUGGAAGCCCUUAACUAACCAUGAUGGGGACUGGGUCCAAGAAAAACCCAGAGCCUGUGGUGGCUCCGGAGCCUGUCAGCACUGCGAUGCCUGUGGGCUCCCUGGAGAACGUGACCAACACCACGAGCCUGAGUGACAGCAAGGAAGACAUAUUUGCCAAGCUGAAGGCCAAGUUCAUGAAUGAGCUGAACAAGAUUCCCCUGCCUCCCUGGGCCCUGAUUGCCAUCGCUGUGGUAGGUGGCCUGCUCCUCCUCACCUGCUGCUUCUGCAUCUGCAAAAAAUGCUGCUGCAAGAAGAAGAAGAACAAGAAGGAGAAGGGCAAAGGGAUGAAGAACGCCAUGAACAUGAAAGACAUGAAAUCCGGAAACCAGAACAAACAGGACGACGACGACGCGGAGAUGGGCCUGACGGAGGGAGAAGGCGAGGAGGAAGAGAAGGAGCCAGAGAACCUGGGCAAGCUGCAGUUCUCGCUGGACUAUGAUUUCCAGGCUAACCAGCUGACGGUGGGCAUUCUCCAAGCGGCCGAGCUCCCGGCGCUGGAUAUGGGCGGCACCUCGGACCCGUAUGUCAAAGUCUUCUUGCUCCCAGACAAGAAGAAGAAAUACGAGACCAAAGUGCAGAAGAAGACCCUCAACCCGGCCUUCAAUGAGACCUUCGUCUUCAAGGUUCCCUACCAAGAGCUGGGCGGGAAAACCUUGGUGAUGGCCAUCUACGACUUCGAUCGCUUCUCCAAGCACGACAUCAUUGGGGAGGUCAAGGUACCCAUGAACACAGUGGACCUGGGCCAGCCCAUUGAGGAGUGGAGAGACCUGCAGGGCGGCGAGAAGGAGGAGCCAGAGAAGCUGGGAGAUAUCUGCAUCUCGCUACGGUACGUGCCCACUGCUGGGAAACUCACUGUCUGCAUCCUGGAAGCCAAGAACCUGAAAAAGAUGGACGUCGGGGGUCUCUCAGAUCCGUAUGUGAAGAUCCACCUGAUGCAGAAUGGCAAGAGGCUGAAGAAGAAGAAGACCACUGUGAAGAAGAAGACCCUGAACCCUUACUUCAAUGAGUCCUUCAGCUUCGAGAUCCCCUUUGAGCAGAUACAGAAAGUGCAGGUGGUGAUCACUGUCCUGGAUUAUGACAAGCUGGGGAAGAAUGAAGCCAUCGGCAAAGUAUUUGUUGGCUCCAACGCCAGUGGCACAGAGCUGCGGCAUUGGUCCGACAUGCUGGCCAACCCCAGACGGCCCAUUGCCCAGUGGCACUCCCUGAAGCCGGAAGAAGAGGUGGAUGCAUCGCUCGGGAAGAACAAAUAGGAAGCUCCAUAGCCCAGCAUAACCUACAGACAUUCUAAGCGCCCCAGAGCUAUCAAUACCUCAGUUAUGUAACUUUUGGUUUUUGCUUCCAUUUUGUUUUAAGCUGCACUACCCUUUGGUGACUGUGGAAGGGUUUCCAGACAGUCCUGAGCACUGUCAGGGGAACUGGUUAAAGACAGGGAUGGUUCUUUUCAUUCUGCAAAGUUGCUUCCUUCCGCUGCAUGUCUCAUCGUUUCUACGUGCUGUUCUUUGAAAGCGUAAAGCUUUCUGCCGUGGGUCCCAGAGGCGCCAGGCCGUGGCAGGGCAUUGUCUUCCUUUCUCUUCGGUUUUACACUGGGACCUUCAAACAUUGUGCUAAGGUGACAGCUGAGCCUGAAAAUGUGAGUUGACCAGAUACACUGUGCUUGCUUUGGGGAUAUGUACAGCUUGACUAGGCGGGUCGGUGGAGAAGAGCUGUGAUGAACAUCUGGGUGCCUUUGUGCGCCUGCUUUGACUCCCAUCAGCUGCCCAGAGAAGCGAGAGAGCAGCCACGUUGGGAUUGGAACGUCCAAGGCUCCAUCGAACAUCUUAAGGUUUAGUGUCUUCUGGUGCGACAGGUGCAUUGCUGGGCAUACAGACCCUGAGCUAGGUAGGGUAUUGAACCUUGCAGCCCCCCGUGUGAUUGCCAGAGAAGGGGCGCGGUUAUACCGCGGGUGCAUGUCUUUGAUAACUGAACAUUCACAAUUCCAAUCUCAGUGCAAGACAGAGCACAAGAGAGUCUUGGUUUUGAAAAACAGCAUCAUGGGAUAUUUAUGCAAAUGAACAUUGCGAGGCAGGCUUACAGUAGCAGCUGGACUUGAGACAGGCCCACCCAAUCAGGCAGAAUCGAGGCUGAUUUACCAAAAUGGCUGCUUAAAGCCAUCCAUGUAGGCUAAACGAUGUCUUAAACGCAAGCAGCUCUGAGAGGAUUUGCAUACAUGUCCCAUAACGCAUUGCACUACUGUACGUAUUCUGAAGAUGCAUGACCUAAAAGUGUCCAGAGCCAGAUAUGUCCCAGAGGAGGGUUUAAGGUAUAAGGUCUUCAAAACUCAAAUUGAGAGGGUGGAGCUAGGGUGUUAGUGAGGCAGGUACAAAUCCCUCCCAGUGUUUCUACCCGUAUGGCUGCAUGUGACUCAUGCAGUGAGCUGCUCAACUGUGGCAAUGGAGCUGCGAUGUGGCGAGAGAGCUCGCUCCAGCCUUCCGGGUGAAGCUGUUCCACUUUAAAUUGACUGUAAUUGGGGCCCAGCAAAGUCAGAAGCUGCCUCUAGCUCAGGAGUCUGGGCCAGCUCUUGGACAUGUUGGACAUGCUCGGUCAGUUCCUGCCUCUGCUUGCUGAGAGGAAGAGUCGGUUAAGUGCUCUUAUCCUUGUCCUUGCCUGUUGACACUAGGCCACUUCCAUUAAGUAUUAGGUGGGCCCACCCAAGGGUUAGGAUCGUGCUAUGGUCCAGUGGUUAGGGUACUUGCCUGGGUUGUGGGUGAGCCUAGUGCCAGUCUCCCCUCGGCCCCCCUAAGAAGGGGUUUGGACAGGGAUUUCCUCUCUCCCAGGUGACUGGGGGGGGUGUCUUUGUUUAAAUCCCAUCUCCUUUGCAGGAGCCAUUGUCUUCCUGGGAGAGGGAAGAGGUUUAAACAGGGAUCUCCCACCUCUUUGGGAGUUGGGGGGGGGGGUCAGUCCCUGGCAUGUGGGCCAAUUAAUAUGUAAUUCAAAGUCAAACCAGACCCCCCCCUCCCUCUGAGUCAGAAGGCAGCCUCAAAACAGGAUUGCCUGGAUCCUAGCUGCAAAGCAUAACCAGAGGGCUACAGGGGAACUCAUGGUAGGAAGAUCUUAAUCUCCCCUGGUGAAGUUGUUCCACUUAAUAGUUAUAAUUAAUUAAAGAGGUAUUGGGCUACACAGACACACAAGGGAGCUGUGUUGGAGUCCCUUGCUAGCCCUGUGGUUAGGUGAUUUACCAGGCAUGGUCAGGAUGGGAGUUUGCUAGGGUGCCCGCUGAGUGCUGUGGAGGCAGUGAGCAUCUCAAACCAGGUGGGUCGCUUUAGAGAAUAUUGUCCGUGCCCAAAACCCAGUUGCCUCAUAGAAAUGUUGUGGCUAUAAACUCUGCCAGUGGGGAGUAGGGCAGUGUGACCAGGUAGCAUGCCAAGGGAAUAGGGCACUGGGACCAAGCUUUCCCACACCCCUGCUUGGGCUUUAACCACCGGGCCAGAGAGCAUUGCCUAGCUGAGCACUGUCACUCUCUCCCAUUGACACUUGGCCAGAGACCCAGCCCAAGCAGUUGACUUUCUAGCCCAGUAGUAGUGGCCCUCAGCUGGGCUGUAUGAGUGUCAGGUUUAAGACCCUACCUAGAUAUAUGUGUAUGAACGUGUCUAGACUGCCUGAGCCUGGGCAGCAUUCUUACAUGGCAGUGUGUGCCUGCAGGGCUUUGCUUCCUGGUACAAACGAGACCAUGCCCCCGUCUUUUCACACCAGGCAGCACCACCCCUCCAACACAGCCCAGAGGUUGGGACGCUCCAGCAAAAGCUGCCAUCAAAUCUGAGUCAGCCUCAAACUUGGCUCUCCCACGGUCCAGGGGCCGAGCCUAACCCCGGGGGAAGCCAGGCCUUGAGGCUCUGGUGCUCAUGCUCUGCCCUGUUGAAGUGGUGACAUGUCAUAGCGUUAACGAGGCAUUGGGCUGAGAGAGGAAAAAGGGCAUUUGGGCCUGUCUCAGGGCCCAGAGUUGCUAUAAAGUCUGGGGCAGGGGGGAGUUGUGGGCUAACAGGAAGCCUGGUAAAUGCCAGCCAGGAGCACACCCAGGGUGAGAGCCAGUGUCUGGCUUCGCCCUGAAACCCCUUGAGAUAAUCUCAGUCACUGAAGCCCGUGGGGUGGGUGAGUAGCUGGCCUGGGGGGAGGGAGCGGUGCUCUCUCUCACCCCCUUCCAGCAUCAUACACAGCUAAGAGGGGAAGCACGUCAGCUGAGCGAGAGAGAGACUGAAUCCAUUCCAAACAAGGACCAAAGGUGCCCCCAAGGUCACGGUAUCUGCUGUUUACCACAAGGCUGCCUGGCUGAUGAAUCCAGUCCAGUUCCUUUGCCUCUCCAGAUAUAGGCCAUAUUCCCCUUAUCCCCCAAAGAGCAGUGAAUGUCUUGAGCCCCCCUAACCCCCUUUUUAGGGGCCAGGACUGGACUCACAUCAUGCCCUCACUACAGCAGUUCCUGAGGUAACAAGAAGGAACCACCAGCCUGUCCCCAUUCGGUCCAUUCUGUAUUGGAGUAGACCAAGCAAGCCAGGUUCCCAUUUACUGUCUCUAAGAGGCCUUCAGUGUUAGUGGCUUUGCUUUGGUUGAACUAGCACAUUGGCUAGUAGCAUCUGACGUGCAUCCACACACAGGACUGGGCUCACAGAAGAAAAGGAAACCAGUUUUAAUCUGGCCCUUUUGCAUAAUAUCCCUCAAAGGACCUCACUGCAGCCCCAUGACAGCCAGCUCUGGCGUAUCCUUACAAAUCUCCCCGAUUACCAUCUACGUUUUCCUGGCAAUGUGGCUUGGCCUAUGGACGUGUCUUCCCAGGGAAGCUUGUGACCGGCCACACCACUAGCAAGCUUACUAGAGGGACUGCUCCUGCCUUGGCCUCUACCCUGGCCUCUACCCUGGCUUUCCAGCCCCACCGCUUGUGGUUUAGCGAAGCAGAUUACAGCACCACGCAGCUGCUGAAAUGGUAUUUUUGUGAGUAGGAAGAGUGUGAGGAGAGCAAGAGCCAUACGCCUUGGUGGGGCCAGGGGCACGGAGUCCAGGACACCUCACAGGAGGUGGAAUUCACCAGUGCCCAGAGAGUCUAGGUUGUGGGGAGAGGGGUGGUCAGUUUCACACCCCCUAGCACAAGUGGGGAAUGUUUCACUCCCAACCUCCUCGCCACCCUACCCUUUCCCUCCGACAAUUAUUGAGCCUUUAUUUGUACACUCCACACACACCCCCAACCCUUUACUUUUUAAAUCCUGCUGGAGCUUCAAUAUAUAAUCAGCAGGAGAACUCCAUGCACCCAUGAGCCUGGCAGUCCUACUAACUGUAACUAGGGAAGAGUAAGUUUGUUCCCAUUCUAAGAGCCAGGAGGCUGCGGAGGGUGCCUGGGGACCGCUGUAGGAGGGAGCCCUCUGUACAUGAGCUUUAAACACAAGCUGGCCUCACUGCUGAUCGUACAUCCUGCUGCACAACGGCAAAGGCCAGGAGGUCCAAGGAGCAGAGGCAGCGAUUCCCCACAGCAGAGAGUCUAAGCGCUGCACCCGGCUGCCUCAGAGCUCCUGCUGCCUUGGUGUGAUGGGCAAGUGAGCAAAGCAGCCCGCAGCAGGUUACAAACAUGGUCUAAGGAGUGGUCCCUUUUCUGAAAGGGGGAGGUACGUCUGCCUGCGCUACACACAGAUCUACCACCCCCUCCAGUCCCUAAGCAGACCUGGUCCAAGAAAGUGAAAGGUUAAUGGGAGGUUUAUGAACCAAGGUGACAAAUACACCAGAGCUCUGUGAUUGUGACACAAGCAGACGAGUUAAUUUACUCGUGCGAGUAAACCCAACGGGCUCUGCUUUCAUGCCAGGCCUUGGACUGUUGCCCAGUCCUACUUAUUUCCAUUGUUGGGUCCUUAAAUCAGCCUCUAAUGUCAUGGCCAACCACUGCCUGGCCUAGCGUUCAGUUUAUUAUUACAGAGAAUACAAAGCGUGGACUAGGGGGAGCAGGAAAGAAUAAUUGGGUGAGCAGAAUGUGAGUUCAACACACCCAGCUUAGGACUGGCAUAGGGCACAACUGCUGGGUGGGGGGGGGGAGGGGAACACACCACCAACCCUCUCCCCCUCCCAUUUUGCUCCCUGUUCCACUGGCCUCUGUCAGGCGUGAACUCCUCUGCAGUGGACAAUGCACCCCCCUGCAUCGAGUCCUGCGCUAUUGAAUUUGGCACAUUUUUAACUUGGACUGUUUAAAAGGGGGGGGGCGGGAGGAGCGGGUGGGAACUGUGACUUAAAAAAAAAGUAUUAAGGGAAAAAGCUCCGCCCCCCAACAUACUCAAGCCAUCUGAGCCUUGCCCAAAAUCCCUUCUUGUAUAUGUAGUUACAUAACUCUAUAGCUAGCUACUAACAGCCAACAAUGCAUGACAGAUAACCACUAUGUAAAUAGCAGCAUGGUUAGAGCAGAAUCCAUACACUUUGUUACACCUCAGCCAUUGGGCAGGACACACCCAGGCUGCAGAGUUAUUUUUAAAAUGUGGCAUGAGUGGAUUUAUUUUACCCAAGAGGACAGAGCAAGACCUAUAAAAAAAAAAACCCAACCUUUAUUGCCCAAGUCAGUAGGCUCAACAAUAUCUAUUUAUUUUCAAUUUUAAAAAAAGCAAUUAAAAAUUAUAAGGAACAAAGCAUGCCUGAUCCAUUCACAAAUAUUUGAGGGGUAAAUAACAAGCCAGUAUGGGGGGCUAAUUUCAUGUGUGUCUUGUAAUCUAUACAUGCAAAACUGUAUCUUGUUGAAUUUAUGCCAUGUCCAGGUAGCAGCAACAUUGUGGCUUUGGUGUCCCGUCCCGUGUUGAUGCAUUUUACUGUCAAAGCAAACUUAGAAGCCAUAUUAGACCACGGCCUGCCAGGAUCCUCGAGUGGGAUGGGCCGAUAGGUGAUCCUCUGUGUCCUCCUGGCCCCUCUUGGUAAUGUCUCUCCGUGUGUUUUGUUAAGGAUCUCCCAACCCCUCGUCCUGGGGGAAGGCUGGCUCAGGACGCUAGCCUUUGCCAUGGCCUGGAGGUUAGUCCUCACCAUGGCUUGCAACUACGGCCAAGCUGGAGCCCCGUACAGCUGGGUUUGGAAUGGCACAGUUUGAAGUGCUGGGAUCCCUUUGUUACACGCCGGGGGCAAAUGCUGGAGCUCCUUCAGCAGACAAGCAUGGCCUGAGCUCCUCGGUGCUAGCUGUCCCCAGUCGGAUGCAGCUCAAGGCCCUGUCCGUUAUGUCAUGAGCUUCUUCAGGGGACAGAGACCCAAGAGAAUCUGAUGCAUUACUGGCCGACUGGGAUCGGGCCUGCUAUUGUUCCUGACACAGCCUGACCCUGGCUCUCCAACUAGGGGCACUGGGGCGACUGAGCAGAGUUUGGACUCUGUGUCUGAGCAGGGAUGGGUAGGGCAACCCGUCUCUGAAUCAAGUGCAGCCCCUGGACAGCGGGGCCACAUGGGGAUAGAGGUCGCUCAAGUUCUUGCCAUUGGUGGGGCCAAGCUGUAACAUUUAAACCAGCUCUCGAGUCCCCUUCCCCGCUCCCAGGGAGACAGGAGUGGGUUGCAACCAAACAGCUGCUGCUGGCUGUUCCAGGGACCCGUCAGCCCCGCUCGCAGCAGGGAGCACUGUUAGCCAUUGGGACAGAGGAGCCAGGAUCCUGGGGCAUUAAGAGGCUUCCAUCCAGACUGGAUGUUCCCCUAAGAGGGAUGCUCUGUCUCGUGCUAUGCAGGAGCUGAGAGGAGAAGAGCAGAAUGGCCCCCUGUGCCCCUCACCCCCAUGGAUGUGUGCGCCCACUGCAGCCCCCCAGGGCUGGGGUGCAGCAAAUCCAACCCCACCCCUCUGAAGCGGCUCAUGGGAGAUGUGGCUAAAGCUGCAGCAAUGGGGGGAAGGUCGCUGGGCAGGUAAGAGGGGGAACGAGGGCUGCUACUGCUGCAGCACAGGUGAACCAGAGGGGAUGAGGCUGCAGCAGACAAAGGACUGACCUGGUCCUCAGCCCCGGAGCGAGCCCAGCAGGGGACGUAGGGCUGGAUGGCCCUGCCCCCUGUGCUAUGACUGGCUUGGGAUCAAGCAGCAGGGGAGGGAGCUGUAGGCAAGAGGAAGCCAGCUCACCCUGGGGAGGGAGUGGGGGCCAUCUCAGGCAUUCAUGCCCUGCAUGCACGGUUGCAACAAGCUGGGAAAUUCCUGCUGGCAACGGGUACAUCUCACUCCAGUGUCCGUCUCCCUUCCCCCCCCCCGAGCACAGGCCCAUGGCUCUGCUCUGCUGCCUUGGGGAAGGAAAGGGAUCUCAGCCUUCAACACUGGACAUUCAAGCACCAGGCUGGGCCAGGGUGGAGUGCUGCCUUCCUGCCCCCUCCCCCUGAGGGGUCUGUAUACAAAUCCCCCACCCCCAGUCUUGAGAUCAUCCCGCUCUCAACCUCCUCCUGGCAUCUCCCCCAGUGCACCCGUCUCUGCAGCACUGAACUCCAGCAGGAAACUGCUUUUAACACCAACACCCCACCGCCCUUGUGUGGACUCUCUUGUUUCUGUCUCUAUUGUCAAACUGUUAUUUUGUAACAAUGUCUGUCUCCUUAUUAAAGAAAUGAGCUAAA